UACCUUUUCUAGUACAUUUCAGUGUCAGUCGAAACGAUUUUCUCUCUCCUUGUCAAUCAGCCGAAACUAAAAAAUUGCCCAAUCAGAUUUUAGCGAUUCAUAGGUGACUGGAAAAGCACAGUUAAAACGACAGCGGAUUCAAACCUCCUCCCAAAGAACACGCCGUCGUUUUUGAUAUUGUCCAUCCGUGGCUGUAUCACUUUCCUCCUUUAACCAAUGUCCUCUCCUUUCUAGUCUUUAAGAAGCGCCCAGAAGUAAAGGGCUAGAACCUCGUCCGCGUUUUCGUUCCAUUCCUCUCUCUCUGAUUAGUUGACCGAAAGCACUCGCCUCAGUCGGGCACGAAUCACUGUUGACAAGCUCUAGAUCUGUUAUUUACAAGGUCCGAUUUUACAAAUCCAAGAUCUGCUUCCUACAUCGAAACGCGACCGUUUUUGAAACUCAGCUCGGAGCUUCAGUUUUUAAGGUUUGGAAUUUGGAUGUGCUUAUGUUUUGUUCACAGAUCUGAGUUUGGUAGUAUUUGUCGCUUUGAUUUAGUCUACUGGAAAUGUCGGUUUUGCCCAAAGGUGAUUCAAUUCAAAUUCGAGAAGUGUGGAACGAUAAUCUAGAAGAAGAGUUUGCUUUGAUCCGUGAAAUUGUUGAUUCUUACAAUUAUGUGGCUAUGGAUACUGAGUUCCCUGGUGUAGUUCUACGCCCUGUCGGAACUUUCAAGAAUAUAAACGAUUAUAACUACCAAACUUUGAAAGAUAAUGUGGAUAUGUUGAAAUUGAUCCAAUUGGGUCUCACUUUUUCGGAUGAGAAUGGGAAUCUUCCCACUUGUGGAACUGACAACUAUUGCAUUUGGCAGUUCAAUUUCCGCGAGUUUAAUAUUAGCGAGGAUAUCUUUGCUAGUGAUUCAAUCGAGUUGUUGCACCAGUGCGGAAUUGAUUUUAAGAAGAAUAGUGAGAAGGGUAUUGAUGUGAAGCAGUUUGGUGAGCUUUUGAUGUCGUCUGGGAUUGUGCUGAAUGAUGAUGUGCAUUGGGUCACCUUUCAUAGUGGAUACGACUUUGGGUACUUGCUUAAGCUUUUGACUUGCAGGAGUUUGCCUGAUACUCAAGUUGGGUUCUUUGAUUUGAUCAAUAUGUACUUUCCCAUGGUGUACGAUAUCAAGCAUAUGAUGAAGUUUUGUAAUAGCCUUCAUGGUGGUUUGAACAAGCUCGCAGAGUUGUUGGAAGUGGAAAGAGUUGGUGCGUGUCAUCAAGCUGGCUCGGAUAGCUUGCUCACAUCAUGCACAUUCAGGAAGUUGAGAGAUAACUUUUUCAAUGGCUCGACAGAGAAAUAUGCAGGUGCACUGUAUGGCCUAGGGGUCGAGAGUGGACACAAUUCUAAUUAGAAGAAAAAUAAUUGGGAAAAGAUUGAUGGAUGUAGACUACUUGAGUGUAAGAUUUAUUUUCUUUGUAUACAUUGGCAAAAAAGAUUGUUGAUUUAGUUGUUACUUUUCUCUUUUGCUUGCAUUGUAACCGAAGCCUUUAGCUGGUUUUCUAGUUGAAUUCCAGUGUAUAUUAUGCAGUUAGUGUUUCAAUAAUAAUUUUAAUCAUUUGCA